UGGGAGAACCCUUAAAGUGUUGGUGUUCCUCGCGCAAAACCGUACGCGGAGCGGGGAAGAACGAAACCGUUACUGCGGAUCCAAAAGCUAUGGACCUUGGAAAAGCCUUCCAUCAUUCAACAGUUAGGAACAAGGACUAUCAAAAAGUUUGGUCCUCAUCUUCAGAUCCUGUGCAUUUUGAAACGGAUGUUUCUCAUGAAAAAUUAGAAAGCAUGUCAGAAGCAGAGGCCAUGAAUUUCAGCAGUGUUUCUCAAGACUUAACCCACUCACAUUCUCCCUUUUAUAUGGAAACCAACAGUACCACUUCAGACUUGCCUCAGAAUGAAACAAAGAAUGCUGAAAGGGAAGAUGAGUCUAAAUUCACACUUUGUGAAGAAAUGUAUGGCACACUAGAUGAUUGGUUAGGCGAUGUCAGCAUUGGAAAUGAUUCACAGAACCUACUAACUCAGCCAGCUGACAUUUCCUCCUUCAGGCAAUUUGAACCCAUUUGCAAAUUUCAUCUCAGAGAAGCACUUAAUAAUGGAAUGAUAAUAUCUCAAAAUCCAACAGAAAGCUUACCUUACACAGAGAAACCAGAAAGGCAAAGUUGUGUGUCUAAUUAUGCAAAAGACACCAAUGUGAAGGAAGGUUCUUUUAAGGAAGAAAAUCCAGUGGGAACUGGCACCUCCACAAAUGAAGACCAGCUUGCUCACGAGUAUGUCAGACAACCUUCUAGAAGCCCACCUCUAGUCCACAGCAGAGAGACACUGAAAUUCAGGGAAACGUCACUGCCUAAAAGUGCUUACAUGGAGUCUAGUCAACCUCAAAGCUUCUUAUAUGAGGAGAAUGUGCACAGAGAUGUUGAAAAACCAUUUUACCAAGAGAAUAGCUUUAACCUCUUUGAUCUGAGAGCUAAUUAUACAACAGAGGAGGUAAGAUUUUUGAUGAUCUCAGUGUCUUCAAAAGGAAUACAGACCUUUGGGGAUAUUCCUGAAAUGCCGGUCUGUCACCAUAAGGAGGUCGCCUUGGAGGGCACGGACAGGCCAUGGAUGGGCUCACCUUGGCCUCCUGCAGGCACUACUUGGGGUCGUGGAGCAUCUCCAGGUGAUGGCAAGAUGCCUGACACAAAGCAGAGCUUGGAAAGCUUACAACUUCCAGAAGAGGAUAUGGCUUUAAAUGAAGUCUUACAGACAUUACAGCACACUAACAAACAGCAGCAAACUCGGAUCCAAGACCUGCAGAGUAGCAACAAGUAUUUAGAGGAGAAGGUUGAAGAACUACAGAAGCACACUACCAAACAGCAGGUGUUCGUGGACAUCAUAAAUAAGAUGAAGGCCAAGGUGGAAGAAUUAAUUGAAGACAAAUACAGAGUGAUGCUAGAGAAGAAUGACACUGACAAGACACUGAAGAAUUUGCACGAGGUCUUAACUCAAACCCAAAAGCAUCUUCAGGAAGCUAGGCAUGAAAAGGAAACCUUAGAGCUGGAGCUUAAGAAGAUCAAGGGCAAUUACAUUCACCUACAGGAAAGGUACAUGACUGAAAUGCAACAGGAAGAUGAAACCGUCAGUCAGUGCCUAGAGAUGGACAGAACCCUAAGGGAGAAAGAAGAGGAGGUGGAGAAACUGCAGCAGCUCAAGGGGGAGCUGGAAAAGGCCACCACCUCCACUCUGGACUUGCUGAGAAGGGAGAAGAAGGCCCAAGAACAAGAGUUCCAGUCUUUACAGGAGGAAUUUCAGAAGCAUGAGAAGGAACACCUGGAAGAAAGACAGAAACUGAAAGCAACACUCAAAAAGCUGCUCACUCAAGUUCAUCAUUUGCAGUCCGUAUCUGAAAACGAGAAGGUAAAGAACGCCCAACUCCAGCAGCAGGUCAACGAACUAAAACAGGAAAAUGCAAGGUUUCGGCGGCAGGUGGCGAGGAGCCAGGAGCCGAACGAUGCCCCUGGGUUUGACACGGCCUGGCUAACGGAGCACUCUGGAGAAGCGGUCAAGGCUGAUAUCAAAAAGGAUUCUAAUUUGUUCCUGAACUGCUCACCUGGUGAAAAAAGCCUGAGUCCCCCAGAUGUGAAAAGGACUUCUCAGCUGGUCUCCAAAAUUCACAGUGUUCCGACUCUGAUGGAUAUCACCACUCCCGAUGUUGAACAAAAAUUGAAGCAGUUCCAUCUUAAGAAGAAAAGUUUAGAUAAAGAGCUAUUAGAACAUAAAGACAAAAUCACAGCUUUUAGAGAGCUAAUUGCAAAAGAAAAAGCAUUUCAAGAUCAGGUUUUUGAGAUUGCAAAAUUGGGAAAUCUUCUAGAAUCAAAAGAAGACCACUGCAGCAGACUCAUUGAAGAAAAUGACAAAUAUCAAAGACAUUUAGGCAACUUAAUAAAUAAGGUUACAUCCUACGAAGAAAUCAUCGAAUGUGCUGACCAAAGGCUCACGAGAUCCCACUCCCAGAUUGCACAUUUAGAAGAGAGAAAUAAACAUUUGGAAGAUUUAAUUAGGAGGCCCAGAGAGAAAGCAAGAAAACCACGGCCCAGAAGAUUAGAAAAUCACCCAAAGUCCUUGACCACGCUACUGCUUCAUGUCGGGCCCUCAUCAUUUCUUAUCUGGCGGAUGACAAUCAUCUACUUGGUGUUUCUGCCUCCAACUGGGUGCCCCUUCCUUCUUCCAUCCUCCACCGAGCAGACCUCGAUCUUUCAGAAGCAAAUAAGAUGAAGCCCCUUCCCUAUAUAAAACUUUUCGAUGGUUCCCUGUUUUCCGGAUCAGUUUGAGCUCCCUAAUACAGCACAUGAGAUCCUCUAUGACCUGGCCCUUGCCUUCCUAUCCAGUCUUCUCAUUCACUGCUUCGUUCUCACCUUCUCACCGUCAUACACCCAACCAUAUCAAACCACUUGCCCCUUUCCAAACAUGCUAUGUUAUUUUCAUGCCUUCCUGAUAUUGCCUAUACAGCUUCCCCUGCCAAGAAUGCUCUCUCUCAGUUCCUUGUGUCCCCUUACUUUAGUUCCCACCUUACAAACUUAUCUGCCAGCUCAAGCUCAGCUUGACAGGAACCCUUUGAGUGCAGGGAUUAUCUCGUAUUCAUUUUGGUAUUCCCAAGCACCUACCCCAGAAUAGGUAUGAAAUAGGAGGGAGACUCAGAACCCAUUACCAAUGCUACCGGUGCUGGAGUAAUUCUUAAUAGAAGAUACAGCCACUGUUGCCCAUGUCCCACCCUGGGCCGAGCGUAUGUAUUCAUGAAAACCCAUGGUUUAUAUCUGGCAUAGCUUUGUGGAAGAGGGUACAGUCAAAGGGCAUGUCUCUAUAUGCCCCACUGAGCCCCAGCUGUUCUAAUAGUUGAGUUAUGAGAAUACCUUAACACUACCAACUCUUCGUUAUACUGUACUGAUGAGUCACUCCAUGAAUUACUUAGAUGUUUGCUUCUGUUCUUUUGUCUUCAUUCUGCCAACUGGCAGCCAAACCAAGGAAGAGGAAAUUCAACCAUCCUUGUUCCUUGUCAUGUUCCUUAAUGGAAAAAAGGUUGAAACAAACAAAAAUCCUUAUUAAAAUAUAGUAUUGGUAUUAUCCGAGAAGUUCAUCUAUCUGUAGGUUUUCAUCUGUUCAUCUGUUCAUCUAUCUAUAGUACCCCUUUUCCAUGUGUUUAAGAAUUAGCUGUUUAUGGAAUAAGAAUUGUAUGUAAUUGUAUGUGUAAUCAAGAAUUCCACAUGGAAUCAAGAAUCAGCUGUUCUAUCACUGAAUGCCUGUGUUUCCUAAAAAUUAAAGAU